AAAUUAUACUAAAAUAUUAGAAAAAACAUCUAAAUUUCCUUUAAAUAUCCCUACUCCAGUAGCAGCCACGCUUUAAACUCCUUUAAAAAAAAUUAAUAAAAUAGUUGGAAUAAUCAAAUAAAACCGCUCAAGUGCAAUUUGCAACCAAAACAGCAAAAGCGAAUAUAGUCAAAGCGUAUAAAACAAAAACAUCAUUGAGAAGUAAUAAGACAAAAAAUAACACACACACACACACAGCGGCGCAUACAAAGGAAAAGAGUGUCAUUCCAUUCGAUAACGAGAACAAACAAAACAACAAUUCGCUAAAGAAUAACAAGAAAUUAUCAAAAACAAAUAAAAAAUUACAAUAAUAUAAAUAGGAACAAAAAAGCAGAUAUAAACCAGAGAAGCUUACGCGCUCACAAAACGAGAGUAACACGAGUGCAGUUUGAAGCAACGAGCAGACAUUCUCGACUUUGAAACUGUCAUACCUGCGCCAAUAUUCAACAUUCAACUAGGCUACUCACUCAGCCACCCUUGAAGUACCCGUAGAGAGUUCUACCGCGUGUUCCGCCGACGUCGUCGUCGUCGUCGUCGUCGCGUCGUGGUCGUUGUAGUCAUCAUCAACUCGCUAUCGUCUCCGUAAUCGUUGUUAGCUAAGAGAAUCGAGAAUGUAGUUAGUGCUGAGCAUUCAAGUGGCCCACCACCCAACAAUCUGACAAGAGCAACUCACUCAGCAAAGUAACUAACAACAGCGCGAGUGUACAAACGUGCGGAGUUUAAUGUGUGACAGCGAGUCGGUGAAGCGCCAGCAGUCGGCAGUCAUCAUUACAGCACAGCACAGCGCAGUAUGUGAGAUAAAGCUUAAACAGUGCCGAAAUCCAAAAGGAAGAAAUUUAAAUUAAUAUUGAACUUUGCUGAACCGUGACAAUUGACCACCAAUAAUCGUGGUGGUCACAAGUGCUCAAGUUCUCGAGCGCGCAUAAGAAGAAAAAAUUAAAAUCAAAAAAAAAAAAAAUUACGCACAUUAAAAAAAUAUUCGAGCACUAGUAUAUACCGUUCGUGGUAGAGAAAAAGUGAAAGUCAAUUUGAAAGGAAAGACAGGAAAAGGGACGAAAUAAACGUGUAGAGCAAGAAAAAAAACAAAAAAGCUGUCAAAAAGCCAAAAGCAAAAGUGUUUUGCUCGUGAUGUAGUGGUUGGUGAAGAACAACACAAAAGUAAGCAGCAGCAGACAAGAGCACCAAAGCAAGGUAGUCCGUCAGUCACUACUGCUACCAAGUGAAAUAUAACACCAAAAAUACAUAACUUUCAAGCAAAUAAAAUAAAACUAGUAUAAAAUUGCGUGAAGUUAAAAACAUUACAGCAAAAGAUUACACACGCUUGUAACCUCUUAAUUACUAAUAUAAAGUAGCAUUAAGUAAGAUAAAAAAAAACACACACAAAUAAAAUAAAAGCAAAAUGGGUGAUACAAAUGCGCUGGGCUCCGCUACGCGUCUACGCAAAUUCGAUCGCACGGACUGUGAAGUUGCCUGCGAAGAAGCCGCCCGCCUAACCGCCGACCUGCAGGAGGGCGCCGUCAGUCCGGAUGAAGAUGACGACUUGAGCGAAUAUGGCGAGCUGCCACCACCGCCCGAUGGUGGCUAUGGUUGGGUCAUCUGCUUUGCAUCCUUCAUGUGCAACAUGAUUGUGGACGGUAUCGCGUAUACGUUUGGUAUAUUCCUUGGUGAAUUCGUCGAAUAUUUUGGUGAGGGCAAGGGUAAAGUGGCCUGGGUCGGCAGUUUAUUAAGUGGCGUUUACUUGAGUGCUGGUCCGAUAGUGUCCGCGUUGGCGAAUAAAUUUGGUUGUCGUACGGUAUGCAUUGCCGGCAGUGUUGUAGGUUGUAUUGCUUUUGUAUUGAGCACGUUCAGCACGUCCGUGAAUAUGUUAAUGCUGACAUAUGGUGUGAUAGGCGGUUUCGGAUUCGGUAUGAUUUACCUGCCUGCAGUUGUCGCUGUCGGUUAUUAUUUCGAGACGAAACGUUCGCUGGCAACGGGUAUUGCAGUAUGUGGCUCCGGGUUUGGUACAUUCGCCUUCGCACCACUCGCCACGUAUCUGUUACAACAGUAUGGCUGGAAGAAUGCGUUGCUCAUAUUUGCUGGCCUCAUUUUGAAUUGUGCCAUUUUUGGCGCUAUGAUGCGUCCACUCACCUAUCCCAAAAAGAAGAAGGUCAAACCGUUGAUGCAACGCAUGUAUGAGGAGAAGCAAUUGCAAUUGGAACGCGGUUCAAUCGUUGGUUCACAUUUCAUGGUACAGCUGCCGGACGGCACAAUGGAACGUAAAAUGAAAAUGCCCCUCAAUGCCGAUCCUGGCGUGCACUCUAGUCUCAAUUUGGAAUUGCUCGCCGAACAGGGCACAUUACAUCCCGUCUCAACGCUUCCAACUAUAACCGAAGCGAAAGUUGCUGAAUAUCAAAGUGGUGCACAGAGUCCACCAACUGUCGAUAGUAAUGGUCAAUUGGAAGUGAAACGCAGCGGCAGACGUUCACAUCGUAAUUCCGAAAGCGAGACAAGCCCUUACAAUUCCGUCGAUGCAAUGACACGUAAUGCCUCACAGCCCGCCUUUAUGGCAGAUCAUCAAAGUCUUCCAAAGAACGGUUCGGUGCCUUCGUUCAAUCGUGUACGCAAAACCUCAGCUAGCGAGCGUUUUCAACCAUCACUGGCCGCCAUACGCGCAUCAUCACGCGGCGAUCUCGACAGCAAUGGCGUUGAAAUGGGUUUUACCUCAUCGAAAAUGUCACUCUCACAAAGUCAGUCCAGUGGCAAAAUGGUGCGGCCCAUGUCACGUAAGGAUAUCUUCUAUUCCGGCUCUGUGACCAACUUGCCACAAUACCAAUCCCAGAAAUCGCUUACCAAUUACCGCAAUUCUGUACUUUCUCUAACCAAAUAUGAGAAGAGUAUGCAAAGUGUGCGUGUACUUGAUCCGCUAGCUGAAGCUGAAAAGGGACGCGACCAAUACGACUUGUGUCCCUGUCUCGCCAUACCAGACUCCAUAAAAUCCGUCUUCAAUACCAUGUUGGACGUUAGCCUAUUGAAAGAUCCAGUUUUCAUGCUAAUCGGCAUCUCAAAUAUCUUUGGCAUGGCGGGCUUAUAUGUUCCAUUCGUGUACCUAGUUGAUGCGGCUAAAAAAGAUGGAAUUGAGGAGAAUUCAGCAUCAUUUCUACUAUCCAUCAUCGGCAUAACAAACACAUUUGGCAGAGUAAUAUGCGGUUAUGUCGCCGAUUUUCCAAAGGUCGACUCGCUCUUUCUCAACAACGUCUGCCUGCUCAUCUCCACGGUGGCUGUGACAUUGACACCGCUUUGUUCUAGCUACAGUGCCUACGUGACCAUGUCUAUAUUCUUUGGUGUCGCCAUAUCCGGCUACAUUUCACUCACGUCAAUUAUACUCGUCGAUUUAUUGGGUCUGGACAAGCUCACCAAUGCAUUCGGUUUGCUCAUUUUGUUCAGAGGUUUUGCCGCCAUCAUUGGUUCACCAUUGGCUGGCGCUGUUUAUGACGCAACACAAAGCUAUGACUUGCCAUUCUACAUGGCGGGUGGUCUGUUUGCGCUCUCGACUAUUACCAGCUUUAUGGCGCCAUGUCUAAAACGUUGCACGACCACAGAUGAGGCACCUAUGCAAAUUGAUACGCUAACACCGAUCGAUGAAGAGCAAGGCGAAGAGGCGGAGGAUGAAGAGGAUCAACCGAUAACAAUUGUGCCGAAAAUUAUAAAAACACUACCCAGUCCACAGCAUGAUGAAACAGAGCGGGGAUUUACAAGUGAAACCAAUAAAAUUGGUGCGGAAUCAAAAUUAUAAAGGACAUAAGGAGUUAAAGAGUUAAAGAGUAUACAACCAAGUACCAGAAUUGGUUUGAGAGAUGAUUUGUUGAAGUUUUUAUGAAAGUUAAGGUGUUAAUACAGACACCGCCGCGCUAUACACGCAAAACGAUGUAGGUGAAUGCAAGCGGCAACGCUGUCAAGACUACAAAACCAGAGCGAUAUUUUUUUUUUUUUUUAAUAAAAGCAACUAACCAAAAUCAUAUGUGAAACGAAGAAAAUAAACAAAGAACUUAUUCUCAAUAUUUAGGCUAAUUUUUACUAUAUGCAUAUAAACACAUACAUACACACACAUACAUGAAAACACACACAAAUUUAAUAUUCUAGCUUUCUAGCUAAUUAUUGUAUUAGUUUUAUAUUAUUAUUAUAUUGUCAUAAUAAUUCUUAAAAAACAAAAUAAUGAAAAUAGCUGAAACUCGCGUUGCAAGCAAAAGGAGCUCACAUGAAGCUCCAAUUCAAGGCCUACACGCGUUUAAAAAGUUUAUAAGAAAAACACAUAAGCUAAGCAAAAAAUUUACCAAAAAAUAUCAAACCAAAUUAUUAUGUACUGUACUGUAGUUAAAGUCUGUAAUGUGAGGAAUAUUUUAAUGUGAAUGCAGAACGAGAAAAGAAAGAAAAAAUUAAAUGUUAAACAAUUAUUACUUGUUGUUAAAAAAAAGAUAGCAAAAAAAAAAGAACUAACCACAGCAUUAUUAUGUAAAUGUGAAUUUGUAAAGGCGUAGAGUAGAAGGAGUAGUUUAGAAAAA